UCAUCCCAGAGCCCUGCGUGCUACAGGAAACUUUGUGAUUUAGAGUCACUACAAAGCAAUUUUUUUUUAAAAAAAUGAAAACAAAUCCUGUCAUCCAAGCUGCCAUUGACCUCACAGCUGGGGCUGUAGGGGGUACUGCCUGUGUGAUAAUCGGUCAACCAUUUGACACCGCAAAGGUGAAAAUGCAGACAUUCCCUAACAUGUACCAAGGGCUUGUGGACUGUUUUGUGAAGACCUACAAACAAAUAGGGUUCCGUGGCUUCUACAAGGGGACCACGCCUGCACUUGUGGCAAACAUUGCUGAAAAUGCCGUGCUCUUUAUGUGUUAUGGCUUUUGCCAAAAUAUCGUGAGGAAAAUUGCUGGCCUUGAAAGGAAAGCAAACCUGAGUACAGUUUGGUCAGUAAUCAAAAGUGUGCUGCAAAAGGACGGCCCCCUUGGCUUCUAUCGUGGUUGGUUCAGCACUUUGCUACGUGAAAUUCCAGGCUACUUUUUAUUCUUUGGAGUCUAUGAACUGAGCCGGACCUUUUUGGCCUUUGGAAAACCAAAAGAGGAAUUAGGUCCAGUUGCAUUGAUGUUCAGUGGUGGCUUUGGUGGCAUGUGUCUCUGGAUUGCUGUUUACCCAGUGGACUGCAUCAAAUCUAGGAUCCAAGUUCUUUCCAUGGCAGGAAAACAAACUGGCUUUAUGAGAACGUUUGCAAGUGUUGUCAAGAAUGAAGGUGUGUUUGCCUUGUACUCUGGACUGAAACCUACUAUGAUCCGUGCAUUCCCAGCCAACGGUGCCCUGUUCCUUGCCUAUGAACACAGCCGUAAACUGAUGAUGAACCAGUUUGAUAGCUAGAACUUUUAUCACAGACUAACAUCAUUAGACUCUGUGUAGUCUCCAUAUCAAUUGUCCCACUUUGAGUGACAGAUUUUAAAAUGUGAAAUGAGAGUGAAAUGACUGCAUUUUUUUAAAAAAAUGAUUUCAGUAAAAAUGCUGUAUU